GUGUUUGUUAAAGGAGAAGGAUGGCUGACAAGGGUGAGAAACUCACUCCUCUGCACCCCCCAUCCCCCGCCCACUUCUCUAUCCUCCAGCUCCUUCCUCCUCCCCCCUCCCCAUCCCACGACCCUGGCGGGCCAAUCCCCGCUCUGCACCAGAGGCGCCUCCUCGGGUUUCUGCUGAUCUUGCAGGGUCCAGAAAUGGACCGCGCCGCCGCUCUGCCGUUGCCACCGCCGCCGCUGCUGUCACUACCGCAAUAGUCCCGCUUGACUCCGAGGCUCCCCAAGCCCCCAGUGUCCAGAGGAGCUGCCUGGAGGACUAAGCUAGGCUGAGGCGGGGUGGAGAUGCUAGAGUAGCUAUGUAGACCCUAGGGCGGCUCUCUCUUGCCGCCCACUGCCUGGAUUCAUCCCUUCAGAAGCGAAGCAGAGACUCUUGGAGUGAGAUUUUUGGGGAAAUUUUAAUUUUAUUUUAAUUCCAGGGCUUUUGGAGAGAUAUUCUCCUCCCUCCUCCUUCCUCUCCCCUUUCAAUCUCUAAUAAUCCUAGUAACUCGGAAUUGGAGAGUGUCCUAUCUUUCUUCCUUUCUGUAUAAUCCUUCGGGUUAUUGUUUGGAAUGGGGGUGGGUAGAAAUAUUUCGGCAGCAGCGGCCCUAUAAAGCGAUCUUGGCCAGGAGAGGAGCGCAGGAGGACAGAGCUGGAGGCUGAGUUUGCCACUGCGCCUUUUGGAUGCUGCUGUUGCUACCGCCGCCGCCAAGGAGACUUGCCGCAUUCCAACAGGAACUCUUCUUCCCACUCAACAUCGCCACUGACGCCUGCCCAGACACCAGUCCAGCAUCCAUCGAUCGCCCUGGUGGGAGCUUAAAAAGCAGCAGAAGAGGGGUAGGAGGGAGGAUAGACCAGAGAAAGAGGGAGAAAUGGAAGGCAGGGGAAUCUGCUGAGCUGACACGGCACCCAGUCCUGUUUUUAUGACGAUUUAGGGUGGGGGUAAAGGGGUGACCCCCUCCCCAAAGGCAAUGUCGAAGUUUGCCAGAACAGCAUUACCUUGAGAGGAAAGAAAAACAACUCCCUCCCCCAUUCCACAACAGAACAGGAGCCAGGUGCUACUGGAAAGGGGGAUUCCAAUUUGGGAAAAGACUAGGUGGGAGUGAGAGAAGUAAAUUGAUAGAGUCCAGAUUAGUUUCCCUCCUGCUCUUUGGAUAUUCUCCCCAAGGAAUUGUGGAUUCAAACACUUUAGGUGGGGGUCGGGGCAUUUGGUUACCCUCCCCCACCUCCUUCCAACAUCUUCACCACCCCAGUUCCCCCUCUCUGCUCCACACCCUUCCACUCAGUUUAGACCAUGACGGUGAUGUCCGGAGAGAACGUGGAGGAGGCUUCCGCCGCCCAGGGUCAUCCCCAAGACAUCAGCUACCCAAGGCCAGCAGACCAUGAUGACCAUGACUGCUGUGAAAGGGUGGUGAUCAACAUCUCUGGGCUGCGUUUUGAGACACAACUUAAGACACUGGCACAGUUCCCCAACACAUUGUUGGGUAACCCCAAGAAACGCAUGCGCUACUUCGACCCCCUGAGAAAUGAGUAUUUUUUUGAUCGCAACAGACCCAGCUUUGAUGCCAUUCUCUAUUAUUACCAGUCUGGAGGGCGCCUUCGUAGACCUGUCAAUGUGCCCCUGGACAUGUUCUCUGAGGAGAUCAAGUUUUAUGAGUUGGGUGAGGAGGCCAUGGAGAAGUUCCGAGAGGAUGAGGGUUUCAUCAAGGAGGAAGAGCGCCCGUUGCCAGAGAAGGAGUACCAGCGUCAGGUGUGGCUCCUCUUUGAGUAUCCAGAGAGCUCGGGGCCUGCUCGGGUCAUUGCUAUUGUCUCAGUCAUGGUCAUCCUCAUCUCCAUAGUUAUUUUCUGCCUUGAGACGCUGCCUGAGCUAAAAGAAGACAGGGAAUUCAGCACCUUUCGACAAAGCGACAACACAACCAUCUACUACAAAUCCAACAUUUUUACAGAUCCCUUCUUCAUUGUGGAAACAUUAUGCAUCAUCUGGUUUUCCUUUGAGUUGGUCGUCCGCUUCUUUGCCUGUCCCAGCAAAACAGAUUUCUUCAAGAACAUCAUGAACUUCAUUGACAUCGUGGCCAUCAUUCCCUACUUCAUCACCCUGGGCACUGAAAUGGCAGAGCAGGAGGGCAACCAGAAGGGUGAGCAGGCCACUUCACUGGCCAUCCUAAGAGUCAUCCGAUUGGUUAGGGUCUUUAGAAUCUUCAAACUGUCCCGCCAUUCUAAGGGUCUCCAGAUCCUAGGUCAGACUCUCAAGGCUAGCAUGAGAGAGCUAGGUUUGCUCAUCUUUUUUCUUUUCAUUGGGGUUAUCUUGUUUUCUAGUGCUGUAUACUUUGCAGAGGCAGAAGAUGCUGACUCUCACUUCUCGAGCAUCCCCGACGCUUUCUGGUGGGCGGUGGUGUCCAUGACCACUGUAGGAUACGGUGACAUGUACCCUGUGACAAUUGGAGGCAAGAUCGUGGGCUCCUUGUGUGCCAUCGCUGGUGUGCUGACAAUUGCCCUGCCUGUACCUGUCAUUGUGUCCAAUUUCAACUAUUUCUACCACCGAGAAACUGAAGGGGAAGAGCAGGCUCAGUUGCUCCAUGUUAGUUCCCCUAACUUAGCCUCUGAUAGCGACCUCAGUCGCCGUAGCUCCUCUACCAUCAGCAAAUCUGAAUACAUGGAAAUUGAAGAGGAUAUGAAUAAUAGUAUAGCCCAUUAUAGACAGGCUAAUAUCAGAACUGGCAACUGCACUACAGCUAACCAAAACUGUGUUAACAAGAGCAAGCUCCUGACAGAUGUUUAAAAAACUAAACACAUACACACAAAUUCCACUUAGCAACUUGAAAGACUUAAUAUUAAAAAAAAAAAACCUCAAACAACAAUAACAAAAAACCCAGUGACUUAAGUCACACUCUGUAGAUACUUUACUAAAUAGUCUUUGAAUGCUCUAUUGACCUGUAAAUGCAUUAUUGCAUUGCAGAAUUUUUGGCUCAGCGAACCAGAAGCUUUCAGGAUCCAUAAAAAAUACUAUUUUCAUUUUAUUUUAAAAAAGAGAAAGAAAAAGAAAGGCUAUUUUCCAUAACUGGUUAAAAAUGAACAGUCUUUGAACUAAUCUAGGUAAAAUAAGACUCAUAUGCUUCUCUAUACUGAAAUGUUUUUCAUCCCUUUGCUUGUUACUUAAUUUUAAAGAAAUAUUUAAAAACAGAUGAUCAUUUAGAAAUAUAAACAUGAAAUAUGCAUGGGACUCCAGUUAAAAAUCUCUGCAAACUGCACAGUGAAAGUGCAUCAAAGAAAGUGCAUCAACUAUCUAUACAUAUAAGAUAUAUGUAUAAAUGAAUUGACCAAAAAGCAUAGUGAAUAUUGGCCGUUUUUUUUCAAUCAGCUGAAAUGUAUCCAUCUUCUUGAAAAAUCAGUUAGUCAUGAAUGGACGAUAUAGCACCUUAUGAACAUAAUACUGGGCCUGAUCUCUAAUGAUCUCCUCCUCUUUGCCCCAUCUUCUUCUUACCCAAGCCAAGAUUAUCAUUAUUUUCUUUAGGAAGAAAAUCAAUUGAGGCAUCUGCAAUGCUGCUAAGUUUUCUUAACUGCAGAUGAACUAGACAUACAUUUUUUUCUUCUUCCCCUGCUAGAGCUCCUUGUCCCAUUGACUUAAGAGAACUGGAUGCAAAACUUUUGGCCCUCCCCCUCUUUGUUGCAAGAGAGAACAAAUGGAGUUUAAUGUACGCAUGUUUGAAUUUGACACUAUUUAUUUUAUAAUCGCAUGUGGGGAUCAUUACCUCAAACAAUAGGGAAUAAGCUUUCUUUUCAACUGACUCUUCUAAAAAUAGGUCCCUUUUCAUUUGCAUUCACCAAAAGUGCACUCCUUAAUUUAUUACCUAUUUUAUUAGUAAUUUAAAGUACUGUAUUUAAGUGCAUAUGUUAGUCAAAUGGGAACAAUACUUUUUUUGGAGCUCAAAGCAUGUUCUAUUAUUCCGCAUCAUGGCCUAUUUGACUAAGGUGUAACUUGAAUUCAUUAAUGCAUGAUUUCAGUAAGAAAAAAAUAAGUAAAUAUUUUUUAAAAGUUUAUGAUCUGAAGGGCCCAAACAAAGUGAAGGGAGAGGGGGACUCUGAAUUUUCCUGCCUUUGCUCAGGGAAAUGUUUGAUUUCUGUCCAGGUGUCAGAAAGAGGAUCAAAUAUUCCCAUUCCUUAAAGGGAAAGCAUAUGGAAAAAAAAAUAAGCUAUCAAGUUAUAUAUAGCAACACCUAUGAAACAGUAUCCUCUAUAGCUAAAGACAAAAACAAACAAAACAAAAAAUGGUGCAAUACUGCAUGCUUUUUGGUGCAUUCUUAGAAUGUAAAUGAAAUUCUUUAUCUAAUGUGCGCAUCCAAAUUAUAGAUGAUUUCUUUUUGCAGUUAUGAUUUGAGGUCUUUAGAGCCUUUGGUACUCCCUUUGAGAACUUACUGAAGAAAAUCAAUUUAUUUAAAUAGUUGCUUAGUGCCUUUAUCCUGCACCCACUGAAUUGCAGAAAGUGCCUCCAUCAAUACAGCUACAAAGUUAAAGAGGGGGGGAAGGGGAGGAGUUGGGGCAUCUUUCUUUUUUUUUAUUUUUCCACCCUCACCAACUUCCCUCCCUCAUUGAUCACUCCCCACCUCCAAUCCCACCUCUACUAACAUGAGAAGACUACACCAUAUUGACUCCUGGAGAGAGAAGACCACAAGGAUAAUGAUGUCCUGUGCCAUCAGUGGACUUGUUUCCCUUUGGUAGUCCGAUGUUGACAGUGACCCAGCUUCAGACUGAACUAUGGACAAUGGACUUAAUUUCUUCUUUCCUCUUCUUCUAAAAAUGUGAGAGAAAUGCUUUGGGAUUUUGACUCCUGCCAGAGUCCCCAUGAAGUUCUAGUGUCUCUUCAGAUCAUGUACAUGUUCUUUUCUCUUCCAUGCCUCUCAUGUUCCCCUCCUACUCUUACUCCUCUGUUAUUCUGGAAUCCAGAAUAACUCAGUAAAUAACCUUUUCCAUGACCUUCCCACCUCAAGUCCUUCAAUUUUCUAGUUAACCCUUUUUUCUUUCUACUCAUUUCUCUCUCCCUAUGUCCUCCACCUCCAUUAACUGUGUUCAGUUAUAACCUCUGCCCCAAUCACCCACCUCAGAAAGAGGUCUGCUUAUGGACCAGCUAAAGGAAGGAAAUGCAUAGGUCCUUGGAUACAAACAGCUGUCACUUAACUGAGAGGCACUCAAAAAUCUUUAAGGACACACAGGUGGGGAUGGAGCUUCCUUUUGAAUUUAGCAUGAGGCUGCCUGCUGCUGACCACUUCCUUCUCCUGUCCUGCUUUGUAUAGGGAUCUUUCCCCAUCCUCUCUCCCUUCUUCCACUCCCACCUCUCUAGGCAGUAUAAUAAGGCACUUAACACAAUAUAAUUGUGCACAAAGCUUACUUGCUAAGCUAAGCGAAAUAAUUUAGACAUUUUCUUUGCUUGUGUGGCUUCUAUGAGCCUGAAGGAUGGAUACAGACAGACACACCCUAUAUGAAGAGGGACUGAAAGACCGUGACCUUCCUGUGAUAAUUGGAAGGCACUUGACCAUAGGAUGAGAACCCUCUCCAGAAUGAGCCUGUGGUGCUUCCUCCCACUCUUCCCCUUUCCCUAACAGCCAUUCAUCUCUGUUCCCUCAAUCCCUUCCCUUCCCCCUAGAACUCCCUGUUUAGGGGAGGAAAAAAGCCACCCUAAAAAACAACUACAAAACAACCAAGAAUGUUCUAAAACUUCAUCUCCACUCAGAGGUCUAGAACGCACAAUUUCCUGUAUUCCAACUGCACUCAGUCAACAGCAAUAAUCCAUUCAGUGCUGUGGGAUGAAUUCUGAAAGGACAAGAAAAUAGGACCAAAGCAGAUGAGACUGACAGGCUACUAGAUGUCUCUAGUAGCAUGAAACUUUCACCUUAGCCUGUCCACUGGACUGAUGACUCUCUGCAUGUGUUAGAGGAGAAAGAGCUGUAUGUGGAUGGGCCUGUUGACAAGGGUUUGGGGUGAGUUCUAAAGAGUUUGGGGGUGGUAUGGGGAGUCUGAAUGUCCCUUACCCAUUCUUAAUUCAUUUCCAGAAUUCAACAAGGAUGGUUUACAGGGAUUAUUUUGUGUAGUAUAGGCAUGCAAAGUUUGACAAAAAGCUCUUAUUCCUUGCACUACAACAGGGCUGAAAUGUAUUUGUAGACCUGAAGGUGCACUUAACAAAGCUGCCUGUUAAGGAGUUUAACUAAUACCCUUUGGCUUUUUUGUUUAUUUUAUUUUAUUUUUUGACUGGCUUUUGUCUUUUUCCUAUUCUUCCCCAGAGACUGAUAUAAGCUCAUGUUCUGAAUAUUGGUUUUCUCCUGGGGGAGAAAAUUUCAGAAGCGCUGAUAUGCACAAAUCAGCCCUUCUAGAAUUUAGGGGCCCUAGUUUAAUAGGGUGAAAUGUUGGUCCCUGCUAGUGAUGUUAGUGUACCAAGAAGCUCUGAAAGGAGCUAACUUAACUCAACAGAUUUGAAGUGACCAAAGAAAUUAAAUCACCUCUGUCCUUGAAUGUGUAGAAGACAGAUUAUAGCCAUAAACCUUUUCUGUUAUUUUUUCACUAGCUGUCACACACACACACACACACACACACACACACACACACACACACAACACAAGUUGAUGUUAUUAAAUCAGUCAUUCAGUUCCUUGGUAAUGGGUUAGCCCAAUGAUACCAAGUUAAGCAGCAGCAGUUUCUUGAAGUCAUGGCUAAUGGACAAUCAUUUCCUUAAAAAAGAAGUUUGUACAGAUGGUUUAGUUCCCGUUACAGUAGAGCUGAAGCACAAAGGGAAAUUACCAUCCUAACUCACUUAGAAAUAAUGGUCAUCAGACAGUAAGUGAGGGAUGUCUUUCCCCAAGUAGAAUUUCCAUUCCACUGCAAGAGAAAGGGCCUCCUCUAUUUCAUGCACCACAUUCAGAUUUUCCAAAUAAGAAAAAAAUACCCACUUCUGAAAGGGGCAGGAAAUAAAGGUCCUAAUCCAUUUCCCAUUUGUUGUGAGAGAACUUGACACAUACACUUAUAAUUUUAAUCUCUUGUUUGGUCGAUAGAUAACUCAGUUGGGUAAAACAGAAAGAAUGAAAGAAAGUCUGAGCAGAAGGCAAUUCUCUUUUCUCUUCCAGGAAUGGCAUAUUCUUGGGAGUGGUGAGAAUUGGUGGGUGGUAACCAGCCAUUGUACAAUUUGUUAGGAAGAAUGCAAUUGCCAAAUAAUCAGUCUGAACUUUUUAAAGCAGGGAACUAAAUCAUGAAGAGUUUGCUAUGUCAGGCCUGAUUUUAAAUUUCACAAUAGAGAAAAAUAAACAUGAAAUCAGGUAUAAUCAUUAUUGGUUGGUGGCAUCCGUAGUUAGAAUCCUAUCUGCCAUUCAGACUGUUUUGCUCAUCUUUAUGUCAUUGAACUUUGAGGUAUAUGUAAAAUUUCUCUUUCUCAUCACUCAGGCAAGCUACAGAGAAAUUUACACACUUCAUUUUGCAAAGAAGCAAAUUACGUGUUAAUUAGAUGUAAUUCCUCAUCUACCUUGAAGGAGCUUCAAUGUUUAGGGUUUUGGUUUGAAAACCUAAAUCCUUAUUUAACAUAUAAGUAUUUAGGAUCAGAAACCAUCUUUUCACACAGGUAAAACUGCUAUAGAUUUCCCUGGGGAGUGCCAGGACAUCCAACAGGGUUAUUGACUCCAGUUGCAGGGCCACUUUAAUUGGGAAGUUACUUAGGUUUUCCAAGAUAUGGAAAGAAAAUGCAAAGAAAGAAGUUUUAUAUUAGUGAAAACCAAAACUAAAACCCUUGAAACAAUAAAGAGGGGUAGGAGAUUGGGAGAAGUGGGAAAGUUGGUGGGGGUUGGGGUGAUAGGGAGGGAUGAAAUCCCAUGCAUCAUAUGCCAGCUGAAAAGUUUUUCCUUUCCAUUAAUAUGCAGAAGCACUUUUAUUCUCUAAUGUCUAAUGUACUGUUGGAAAUCGUGUAUUCAACAGCUGCAGGUAGAUAAUAUGGGCUGUAUAUGACAUACCUCUGGUUUUAAAAAUAAAGUAUUAAUCACCAAGGUUAAAAUAGAAAAUGAAUAGUAUUAAUUUAAAGUGCACCAUCAGGGCAACAAACCAUUGAAGCUGACAAAGCAGUAUUUUGCUUCCUGAGUUUGCAAAUUGCUAGCCUCAUUUUCAGGUUACUGCUCAUUUUCCCCUGUCCUCAUAAAGCUUUUUGAUUGGUCAGUUAGAGGAAUUGAAUGUUAUGAGUUGAGAGUCUAACUGAAGUGCAUAGUUUUCAUCUAUGCAAUUUUCCUCGCUUCUGUCACUUUAUUAUCUGUUCAUACUUGGCAUCAAUUAAAGAUAAUUUUUAAGGAUCUUACC